UCCUGCAGCUGCUUUACUGCAAGGGAGCAUCAAGCUGGCUGGGGCUUCCCCUGGGAGGAUCCAUGUUUCAGAGCAACAAUCCAGCACACGCUCAGCAUUCAGACGCUCCAAUUCACUCAUUGGCCUCCACAGCUAGACAAGUAUGACUUCAAUUGCAUGGCAAGACCCCCAAAAGAAGAGCAAACAGAUGUCUAGCAGUACCUCUGAGACAAUUAUUGCUGGUGAGGGCAAAAGCUCCUCUCCAAAGGUUGAGAAGAACCUCGCCUUGCAACAGGAGAAUUCUCAAACUGUCCAGCCUGUUGCAGCCAGGAAGGGAACACAGCCUGGUCUGAAGAGAGAACUAAGCUCCUUGUGGAUGCAGGAGAAGUUUCAGGCUGUAAAAAGGCUAAAAUCCUCUCUCUCUUCUCCGGAAAUAGCCACUCACCCUCCCGCAGUGAGAGAUCUAACCUCAGCUGUGCUCGAAGAAAUCCGGGUUAUCAAGGGAACUUUGCAGGCACUUUCAGACACGUCAAUGGAAAUUAAAGCCACACUCUCGAAAGUGCACAGUGAAAUUGUACAGAUCAAUACGCUGAGGGAGAAAAACGAAUCAGGAAUCAGCCAUGUAGGCGACCACGUAAAGAUUCGAGUCACUAAACUGGAGGUCAGCAGCUCUCCAGAUCUGAAAACACAGCUCUGUCAUGCAGACCCACGGAGCCUCGCCCUACAGCAGGAGCAGCAGAGGUCUGUAGAGCGGGAGGUCAGUGCUGCUGUAGCAGAAGUGGUGGAGCAAUGCAGUGUCCAGAAUCAACAGGACCUCACGCUUUGGCAAGGGAAGAGGAAACCUGAACCAGUAGGACCCCUGGUAACAGAAGACUGGACAAGCUUGCAAACUCAACAGGACUCCUCCCCACUACUGCAGGAAGAAGGCAAUGACCAGAGCGCUGAGGAGCACAGCAGUCAGCUCUCGCUUACCGACCUGGUGCUGAGAACCGUCGCCAGUCUGAAGGACUCCGACAGUGCCACGACAGUUGCCACGGCAGCACUGGCGGCAAUUCUGGAGGACCACAGGGCUGAGAUGAAGGAGACGGUGUCUGACAUUGUGGAUGGCAUCUAUUUCCAGAUAAACAAUGUCCCAGAGGGCAGUGCUAGGCGGGCAGCUCUCAGGGUGGUGUGUUCAUUGGCUGAGGAGUACCCAGAGGAAGUGGUCUCAAGCCUUCUGAGACGCUCCUUGCCAUGCGACAGCAAUGCUGCUGAGCUGUGGAAAGGCCUGUGCAGAAAUCUAGAAACCAACGCCCGAGUGAUGUGGCAGCUGCUCAGAGAACUGAAACAGAGACCUCGACUUCAGGAGAGCAGCAGUAGCUCGGGUGAUAGUGCCUUCCUCACUCCUCUGGCUGCAACCAGAGCCCUGUGUGAGAUGCUUACUAUCUACAUGUGCACUGGGGCAAUGCGGGGCUUCUACCCCCAGCUAUUCCUAGCCCUGCUGACUCAAGUUCACUACCUGGUGAGCCUGCCAGGCUACACUGAGGUCACCAGAAGGGAGUGCAGCCAGCAGGACCGGCUCAUGACAGCCAGCCACGUGAGCUGUGCAGUAGACGCGCUGAAGGCUAUGCUGAUCCGAGAUAGGAACGAAAUAGUGUUGCCGUGGAUGGAGAAAGUGGGAGGCUGGGACCUUCUCUCAAGUGCUGAGGGUUACCUGGAAGGGGUCCUUCUCUUGGCUAGAGCCAUGGUCACCCAUGCAAGCCACCAUCUCUCUGGGCUUCUUGCCAAUUCCAUCCCAAAUCUCCGUACGGAGGAUGAAGAGAAAACUUUGACAGCCGUGGCUUUCUUCACGGGGCUUCUCCGUAGCCAAUCCGUGACCAAGCUAUUGCCAAAACGAAGUAUUCUGGGUAGGCUGGAAGAGUGGCGGACGGAUCCGAGACCCACUGUCCGCUGGCUGAGUCUGCACGGGCUUGGAAACAUGGCACUUCACCCACAGAAGGCGAAACAGCUCCAGGCUCUCCUUCCCGCCCUGCUGGGGGGGUUGAACGAGACACACGAGAGGCUUGUUGGGGAGACCAUCGCCGCUCUGGGAAGUGUGCUCAGGCACCACAAGGGCAGGGUGAACAUCGGCUCCAUCAGCGUGCAGAUUGCCAAGACGCUUCGGCCCUUCCUGGAUGAUGACAGAGACAAGGUGCGCUCCUCUGCCAUUGGCCUCUUUGGAAACCUCUUAAGUGGUCUGAACCUAAAGUCUAAAUCCACCAUGCAGGAGCAAGUCCUUGGCAGCUUUGUGCCCUUGCUGCUCCAUCUGUACGAGCAGGACCAGAAGGUGGCCGAGAGCUGCGAGUGGACUUUGGCACGAUGUAAUGACUUCAUGGGAUGGAAAUUGCUGGAGGAGAUAUUCACCAUGGCCCAUUAUGACAAUCAGCAGGCCCUGUGCAAUGUUUGCAGGCACCUGGUUCGGCGGUGCUCAGGGAGAGUCCAUGAAUUCCUGUCCCAGAGCCGGCACUAUCUGAAGAGUGAGCAGGCUCCUGUGAGGAGGGCAGCCAGUAUGUUCACAGGGUUCAUUGUCCAUCACAUGGAUGGCAGCCGCAUGAGUCAAGGAGAUAUAGUCUCACUGCUCAGAGCUCUCAGUGAUUCGCUGCUUGACCCUGAGCCCUCAGUCUGCAGUGUUGCUUCUGUCUCUAUCCAGCAAGUGAAGCAAGUCUCUGAGAAUCUGGCUGUGACAAGCGUCCUGUUCUCACUGAGGAGGCUAUUCUGCUGCAUGACCAACCAGAAGAGAGAGAAACCUCUGUAUGAGGACAGCCCCUUUAAAAGGAAGAGGUGGCUGGAAUGCCACGAUUCCAAGAUGGUAUGAGUUCAUUCAAGGGGAGUAAGAAUAAAGCAAGAAACUCCUAACUAGCAUCUUCCAUGCCUCUGGGUCUGCAUU